AUGCCCAAAAAGCCAUCGCCUAUCCCCUAUCCAGCAAAUUUCCACAAUCAUCAUACUUCCACACCAAUUCCAAACAACAAACAAUCAAAUCCAGACACCCUAAGAGAUCCAACAUAUAACCACCGAUUUUCCUCUGCAAGAAUGCUUCACACACCUAAAUUUGAACUCCCACGACUCGAAUGGCUCAACAAAAGAGGAUGGAAGAACUUUCACGAUUUCAUGGUGACCUAUGGUUAUGAUCCUAGGAGUGCAGAGGACUACAUGAAAGCGGAAGAGUUGCUUCGUGAUUAUAGAGGUAGCGAUCCAUUUGCGAAUAAGGAAGAGGUUGAUGGGGUAUUUGAUGACGAGGAAUUGGAGGAACUUGAGGAGUUGGAGGAACUUGAGGAGUUGGAGGAGGGUAAUGGUGAAAUGAAUGGAAUGGAUGGGAUAGAUGAGGGAAAAGACGGAGAGCAGGAGGAGAUACUUGGUGAUGCCAUGAUAGAUGUCAAGAGUGUCUUGGAGGGCUAUCAAGAUGAUGGUGAUGGAAUGGAAGGUAAUAAGGAGCGCAAAGGCGAAGAAGAAGAGAAAGACGAAUGCCCCGCCGUCACAGAGAAAGACGUAGGAGAACUCCAAAUCGCAGCUCGCGAACAAGAAAGACUCGAAUCAACCUAUAGAAUCCGCUGCGAAGAUGAAGGAAUCCACGAGUGGCUCAUCAGUCACGGAUGGUCUUGCCUUGAAGAAUAUAUGCAGUAUGUUGGGAUGAAUCACGGGAAUGAUAAUGACGUGGAAGCUGUCGGGAAUUCAAUCAAGGUGGAUAUGAGUCUCAAAUCACGAGAUAUAUGUGCUGGUAUUGAGGAUGAUACCGAAGAAAUGGACAUAGAAGAUGAUACGAGAUACGAGAAUGGACGUAACGCAGAAAGAGAAGCACUUAUUAGCGAAGGAAUGAUCGACGAUGAGGACUUUCCACGACAAAUGCAACCUGCCAAUUUUGACGGAGAAAAUCCUCCAGGAAAUCUCUCCAUGACAGCUAUUGCAGGGCAAAUUAGGAAUAGCCGGGAAACCGAAGCUUGGCUUAUUGAGCAAGGAUACCCUAAUUUAUUUUGGUUUAUGCAAGGUCAUGGGUCAAGACGAUUAUUGAGGAUGGGGUUCAUGAUGGAUUGGAAGUUUUGA